CAGACCUCCGUCAUUCUCGCAAACCCGAGAAGAAGAACAGUUGAGAAAAGCCCAAGCAGCCUCUUCGCCCAACUUUUUCAGCUGGCCGUUGUCGCUAUCCGUCAUGCCUUGCUAAUGUUCACACCCACCACUCGCUGGGACGAGGGUGCUCACGGCCAAACCACGGAAAGCUCUGCAGACCUAACGGGAGCUUUUAAAGCCUCAGGCUUGAAGCCUUUCUCAUUGUGCAGUUUACCGUUUGAGCCACACAUCGACGCUGAAGAGCUAGCAAACAACCGAAUGGCUGACCUACAUAGCAAGAUGGAUGCCCACCAAGAAGAUAUCGACCGUGCCAAGGAGCAGAUCCACGACACCACUCAGAAGGCCGACUCAUAUCUGACCGAGUUGACAAAGCGUGUCGAGGAGUAUGAGAAGGAUCACGAAGACUUUGAGCCUGCUGGGCAGUUCUUGAAGUCGGCGCUUGAUGCUUCACGUUCGGCGACGCAGAAGCUAAAGACCCAGGGCCAGUCGUUGUCGGAACGAUCGGUUCCCGUGGCGAUUGAUGGCAUGAAUUCCGUUCGUGAAUCACUUGACGAUCUCCAGAAACAAGCUGUCGCCUACGAUGACAAGUACGCGGGAUCUCGCGGUCAACAGGCCAUGGAUACACUGCACCACUGGGUAAAUGCUGGUCGUCAACGCGCCACCGACGCCAUGGAGACGACCAACGAGCAGUUGAUGAAGUUGCGUGACGCCGUUGGAAACAUGGCUGGCCAAGCUACUCAGGGAGCUCAAGUGGCUGUGGGUGAGGCCGUACGUGCUGCCGAAUACAGCGAUGAGAAGCUGGGCGUGAGUAGUAAAGCCGGUGGGGUCGUCCAGAAAGUCCGCGACUUGGAUGCUCGCUUGGGUGUGUCGGCCACGGCCGCGAAGGUGGAUACGAAGAUCACGGGCGGUCUUGGCUGCAAGGUGGCAGCCACCACAGUGGACAUAGUGACGGAGAGCGUGAGCUACAUCUCGGAGACGCUGCACAACGCGAAGCUGGCAGCUCAGCAGUCCGACACAGCUCAAGGUCUGGAGGCGAAGGGUGCGGCUGCCACUGGAGCUGCUGCGGCCAAGAAGGACGAGAUGCAACAGACUUUCGGUGAAGAAGUCGAGAAAGGUAAAGAGAAGGCUGGUAUGGCUACACAGAAGACUGAGGAGAAAGCUAGAGAAAUGAAGGAGACUACUGCAGAGAAGACGGAGCAAGCGAAGGAGAUGGCGCAAGAUAAAGCUGACCAGGCCAAAGGGAAGGCUGGUGAGAUGACCGAGACGGCUAAGGAGAAGGCAGAGCAAACCAAAGAAGGUGCCAAGGGUAAGGCUGGUAAGGCUGCAGAGACUGCUGGUCAAGCGAAAGAGAAGACAGAAGAGAUGGCUGGCCAAGCGAAGGAGAAGACUGAGGAGAAGACUGGAGAGACGAAAGAGCAGUCGAAGGGCGUUGUUGGCCAAGCUAAGGAUAAGGCUGGUGAGCUGAAGGAAGCAGCCAAAGAGAAGGCUCAAUCGGCCGCCGAUACUGCCAAAAGUAUGGGUACGCGAACGGAGGCGAAGACGACGAAGCCCAAGGAGCCAACAUCGACUCAAGGUGAGACCUUCACGGAGAAGGGCCUUGAAGCUGCCAAGCAGACACGUGCGAAGGCGUCGGAAGCAGCAAAAACUGCUGCUGGAACGGCUCAUCAGGAGAUGCAAGGCAAGCACGCGAAGCCCGAAAAGACUGGAGGUGAACGCGAUACGCCUGGGUUCAAGCAAGCGCAGCAGUAUGCGUCAAAGGGCUCCAAGUGAAGUGAGGCUGAAGAUGACGACAACGCGUGGCAGAGUGACGUGUCACCUCAACCACUUGGGUCGAUCACCUUCAUCACGAUACAUAUCUAAGCUUAAUCGUUUUGUUUCUUGAGAGUUGCAACCGAUGAAAUCUUUGGAGGCAUGAGCUAAUAUAUGAAUUUUUCUGUUUGCA